AUGCCCGCCUCCAGCCCGAAAUGUAACAGCAGCUGCUGCAAGAGUCAAACCCCCGGAACAGUCCCCAUUGCCAGAGCCACGCCGCCAUGGAGCAACUUCAAUUUGACGACCCGUGAAGCUGCCGUCUCCAUCUGGCGCGUGGUUGGCGUGCCCAUCACAAUGCCCCUCUUGUUCCCAACGUCAGCAGUAACAGCCCUCAGAAUUAAGGUACCUGAGGUAGUUGUGGCUUCAUGUCCCGGCAGGCAACUCACUCAGGCUAGCACUACCUAUAUCAUUACUGCUCCCUUAGGUUUCCUUGCUGAGUUGGGGCCCCGUGGUUUCUACUGUAAGACCUUAAUUCCCCGUCCCCCGGCCUGCUGCUCUCAAUGGAAAGUCGCUGCUACAUCUCUUGGCCUGCCCGCCCGUGUUUCUGUCCUCGCCCCUGUCUCUGCCCAUCUCUUCUCUGCCUGCUCCCCGCCGUACGCACACACGGCCACACAGUUUGUCCUCUGA